AAUGGCUUAUCAAACAAAAUUUGAAGCCAUUCGGACACAGACGAAUGAAUCUGCUCACACUUCUUUGAGCAGUGCCUAUGGAACUGGAGACAAGACCGAAGUCGAGCCUUCAAAACUCUCAUGGUGGCAAGCAAGUAAGGCGAUCGGAGCCUUGGUAGACAUUCUUGCCACAGCUUUCGCUUGCACGUUCUUUGUCUUCGCCCUCGCGGUCAAGAUGAGUCAAGACAUGCCCAUGGAGAGUUCACGUGUAAAGCUUCUGCUAAGGUUGUCCAAGNGCUCUACUUUCUACCCUAUUCUUUUCGCCGCUGUUGUCGGUAGAGCUCUCAAGUCGAUUGCUUUUUGGAAGCUCGAGAGGGGCGGAAGGGUUGGAGCACUCGACCAAGUGCUUGGCAGUAUGACCAUUGUUCAGACGGUUUUUACACAGCUCCAGAUGAAAUCUUUGAGCUUCCUCAGUUUACUUCUCAUAGUGAUCUGGUCGCUGUCACCAAUAGGCGGUCAAGCUUCACUACGAAUCCUCGAUACGGCAAUAAAUGCGACCGAUACCACACGACCACUACAGUAUGUCAACACCAGCUCAAACGUGUUGAUCGGGAUCUACGAAGGUGCAGACACUGCAUCACAGUUUGUGCCGGUCAAUGCGCUCUUUGGUGCAGCGUUGGUGGGCGCAUCGUCGAGCUUAUCGUCCUCUGUUGAUGCUUGGGGCAAUAUAAAAAUCCCCUGGAUCGAGAACCUGAAUUCCUCGAUGGCAGACGCUGAGGGAUGGUAUCCAAUACCGCAGCUCAACUCAAGCGAUGAAUACACAUCCCUGAUCGGACUACCACUAUCCAUUAUCUCGGAUGCGAGCAACUUGACGACAUCGUUCGAUAUUGAAACAUCUUACUGGACUCUUUCGUGUCCUGUAUUCGAAGACUUGGGUGACGGUAAUAAUGCGACUGGCUACCCUGAUGACACGGAGUGGGCGAAGUUAACAGCGGAAAUGUCCCAAUUCAUGGACCCUAGUGUGGAAUCGCUCUACAACACAACUGAGCCUGGCCAGGGCCAAAAUCUCUAUUUGUACUCCGUGAACAUGUACAACUACAACCAGUCUCGGGACUCCCCAGUCAACACUCGGCCGCGGCACAUUACCUACAUGGAAAACAACAACGGUCCUGCCCACUGGGUGGCAGCUAAUUGCACCAUCAGAACCACGUACGUCGAAGUCUACGUGAGCUGUGCAACAGGCAGCUGUACAGCGGUAGAGAUGAGAAAAUCGCGCAAACCAUGCGCACCGGAAAGCUGGACCCAGUUUGACAUCGCCGGAAACGCAUUCUAUUGGUACAGCACACGUUUCGCUGAUGCUCUUGCGGCAGGCCAUUCUGUAGUUGCGACUCCAUAUCAGAAUUUCAUCAUCACUCCGAAUGACCCAUUCGCUAUCUCUUUCAACGUACCACCUGUCACAGCGGUCUCGAACUCCACCUUUGCCCUGCGGCUGAGUCAAUUACUCAACACAUAUUGGAUGGCGAUGCUGGCACCGACGGCAGUCCCCAAAGGCCUUCGAAAUUCGAAUGUCACUGCAGAUACGGCAACCAUAGGCACACUACUAUCAAACACAACAGCGACCGAGACACGAGAUAAAUUAGUACUGCAGUGCAACACGUUCUGGUUCGUGGUUCUUCUACUGUCGUCAGCCAUCACAGCCUUCAUAGGUCUUUNNUGCGGUCUGGUAGCAUCUAUAUAUCGUCGCGGACCAGACAUCGCAUUCAACAUCUCAUCACUGGUCAAAGAUAGUCCAUUCUUUGAUCAAACAUCUGUGGCAACUACACUCAGUGGUACAGACAGGUCCAGACUGAUGAAGGAUUGGUAUGCUAAGUACGGAGAUGUUGCGCCCGAGGAUGAGGUCGGAUACAUCGCUAUUGGAAGCGGAAAUGUAGCAGAUCUGCAGACAGGACGUCGUUUGUACAGG